AUGUUUGACAAUUAUGGAGAGAUAUGUCGAAGAUUGUGUGCCUGUGAGGAGAAAGAGGGGAUACUGACAGUAAGCUGUGAAAGUAGAGGAAUUGUCGAUCUCUCUGAAGUAAGCCAUGUGUACUUCACAACGUAUAAUUUACUGCUCACAGGGAACCUUUUGAAAAGGCUCUCCGCCAAUGACUUUGUUGAAUACAAUGGGCUUACAAUAUUGCAUCUCGGCAACAAUGACAUAUCCGACGUUGAAUCAGGAGCUUUUAAUGGACUUCAGGGAUUAAAAAGAUUACAUCUCAACAAUAACAAAAUCGAUGCCUUGAAGAAAGAUUUUUUUGUUGGCCUUGAAAGUCUGGAAUAUCUUCAACUAGACUACAAUUACAUCACCCAUGUCGAGCCAAACGCCUUCAGCAAACUGCGUCAUCUGGACGUCCUGAUUUUAAAUGACAACUUAAUUUCUACUCUUCCCACUAACAUUUUCCAAUAUGUCCCUUUGACUCACCUUGACCUGAGGGGGAAUCAACUGAAACUGCUCCCAUAUUCGGGUGUUUUGGAACACAUGGACAGUGUUGUGGAAUUACAACUAGAGGAGAACCCAUGGAACUGCUCUUGUGAGCUGAUUGCUCUAAAGGCCUGGCUUGAGAGCAUAUCCUACACCGCUUUAGUGGGUGAUGUGGUCUGUGAGUUUCCAUUCCGGCUUCAUGGGAGAGAUCUUGAUGAGGUCUCUAAACCAGAACUGUGUCCCAGGAGAGCUAUUGCAGAGUAUGAGAUGCGUCCCCAAGCACAUCAGACCACUGAUGCAUACUUUAGGACCACACCAGCCUCAGUCACAGCCUCAUUCCCAUCCUCUGCCAUCUUACGGUCCUCGUCAAGGCCCACCAAGGGACCUCGCCAGUCAGGCAAACUAAAGUCAAAACCCACGUCUCGCAUCCCCUCCAAUAAACCACAAAACUACGGUCAAAUCGUUUCAUAUCAAACCAAAUCCCCUGUGCCUUUGGACUGUCCUACUGCCUGUACUUGCAAUCUCCAAAUUUCAGACCUCGGUCUGAAUGUCAACUGCCAAGAGAGAAAGAUUGAGCACAUCUCUGACUUAAAUCCCAAACCCUACAAUCCCAAAAAGAUGUAUCUCACAGGGAAUUAUAUCCCUGUGGUGCGGAGAUCAGAUUUCAUUGAAGCGACUGGAUUAGAUUUGCUUCACCUUGGCAACAAUCGGAUUGCUCACAUCCAUGACAGAGCCUUUGGGGAUUUAACACAGUUACGCAGGCUGUACCUGAAUGGGAAUUUGAUAGACCGCCUCACAGUCGAUAUGUUCUAUGGAUUGGAGAGCCUGCAGUUCUUAUAUUUAGAAUACAAUGUCAUUAGAGAAAUCGUGUCAAACACCUUUCAGCAUGUCCCCAACAUUCAGCUGCUCUUCCUGAAUAAUAACCUCUUGAAGACCUUACCCGGGGAAAUCUUUAAUGGGUUGAAAUUGGCCAGACUAAAUCUUCGCAAUAAUCACCUCCGCAAUCUGCCUGUCAGUGGCGUGUUGGAUCAGCUGACAUCACUGGUGCAGGUAGACUUGUUCGAGAACCCGUGGGACUGCCGCUGUUCAAUUGUAGAGAUGAAGAUGUGGCUGGAACAGCUCAGCACAGGCACGGUUGUGAACAAUGUCAUCUGUGGCUCCCCUAAAAGACUGUUUGGGGAGGAUAUGCGAUACAUUAAGACAAGUAAUUUCUGUCCCAAUAACUCCGAUAUCCUUGCCUCCUUGAUCCCACCCUCUGAAGAAACCAUUCCCGGCAGCACUAUCACCAUAGAAACAUCAUUAGAUGACGACACACAUAUCAACAGUGUUCCUCUAUCUGUUAUGAUCCUUGCCCUGCUCCUGAUGUUCAUUGUUUCAGUGUUUGUCGCUGCAGGACUGUUUGCGGCUGUGAAGAAGAGACGUCAAAAGACUCUAAAUGAGCAGAAUAACUCCAUGAACGCGUGCAUUAGUUCGUUGAACAUGGAGUACGGUCUUUACAAAAAGGGAUCCGUUCCAAAAGUCAGGACGUCUGCAGGGCAUGUGUAUGAGUACAUCCCCCCUCCCACAGAACACACAUGCAAGAGUACCAUCUAUAGCCCAAGCCAGAGCAAGUCAGUGGAUGGGUACAGAGACUUUGAUGAGUUGAAUGGGGCGUUUUUGAAUAAGCACUCGGAUGAAGAGGAGGGUAGUAACGCAAUAAGCUCUGAAUACAGUAUUAGCACUCCAGAGCCACUCAACAAACAUUCCCCCUUACAAGACAAUCAUCAGUAUUACUACAGAGAUGUAGAACCCGACAAGCCGUCAUCUUACAGCAAUGCUUUACCUUGCAGGCAUACUGCCCAUUCAUCAAAUCAGUAUACGUCCGACUUCGAUAUCAGACACCAAUACAUGCACCCAGAAAGAAUACAACAGACAAUAUUAUAUUGCACAGCACCAAGUACUGUUUAUGUUGAGCCUAACAGGAGCGAGUACUGGGAACUGAAAGCCAAGCUUCAUAUUGAUCCCGACUACCUUGAAGUUCUUGAGAAACGUACAACGUUCACCCAGUUUUGA